AUGGCCUUCCUCUCCCGGCUGAAUCUUCAGGAAAUCCUCCAGACCCUCUCUGUUUUGCAGUGGAUGCCAGUCUACGUCUUUUUAGGAGCUAUUCCUAUUAUCCUUAUACCCUACUUUCUGGUGUUCACUAAGUUCUGGAUGGUGUCUGUGCUCGCCUUAGCCUGGCUCGCCUAUGACUGGAACACCCACAAUCAAGGUGGUAGACGUUCCACUUGGGUACGAAACUGGACAAUCUGGAAAUAUUUCCGAAAUUACUUCCCAGUAAAGCUGGUGAAGACUCAUGACCUCUCUCCCAGACACAACUAUAUCAUUGUCAACCACCCCCAUGGUGUACUCCCUUAUGGUGUCUUCAUCAACUUUGCCACUGAGACCACUGGCUUUGCUCGGAUUUUCCCAGCCAUCACUCCUUAUGUAGCGACCUUGGAAGGGAUCUUCUGGAUCCCACUUGUACGAGAAUAUGUGAUGUCAAUGGGUGUGUGCCCAGUGAGUGAGUUGACCUUGAAGUAUUUGCUGACCCAGAAAGGCUCAGGCAAUGCUGUGGUUAUUUCUGUGGGUGGAGCUACUGAAGCCCUCUUGUGCCACCCAGGAGCCUCUACUGUCUUCCUUAAACAGCGUAAAGGUUUUGUGAAGGUGGCACUGAAGACAGGAGCAUACCUUGUCCCUUCCUAUUCCUUUGGACAGAAUGAAGUUCACAAUCAAGAGACCUUCCCUGAGGGCACAUGGAAAAGGUUCUUCCAAAAAACCUUCCAGAACACAUUCAAAAAAAUCCUGGGACUAAAUUUCUGUACCUUCCAUGGCCGGGGCCUCACUCGAGGAUCCUGGGGAUUCCUGCCUUUCAAUCUUCCCAUUACCACAGUUGUUGGGGAGCCCCUGCCAAUUCCCAGGAUAAAGAAGCCAGACAAGGAGACAGUGGACAAGUACCAUGCACUCUACAUCAAUGCCCUUCAGAAGCUGUUUGAUGAGCACAAAGUUCAGUAUGGUCUGUCUGAGACCCAGGAGCUGACAAUUGUCUAACAGGAGUUGGAUUUCCCCAUUAUUGAACUCCCAAAGCAUUGAGGGAUCCAACCAGGGCCACAAGGAAAGGAGAAUCUGGGAAGAGGGGAGGAUCUCAGGGUUGAAUGAUGAGGCCAGCCAAGCCAGAAAGUACUUAAUGAGUCAGGCUGAGGAAGGAACCAGAGUUACGGGGAAGACUGGGCAACAACCCAGUUUAGCAAGCAGUCUUUUGUGAGUACACAUAGUCUUGUGAGUCUCUGUGUGCCAGUUAUUUUGGCUUCCUAAUUCCAACCAACUCUGAUCAGAGGAAUAAGAAGCCAAAGAAUACCAUGUCCUUCCUCCUGAGCCUUAGUAACACCACACCAUCACUGUUUAGGUUGAGGCU